AAACAACGAAAAGAAGCACAAGUAAAAUAAAAUCAGAAAAUUUACUUCAAAGAAAAAAUGUAGUUAUAAAAACGGCGCGGAAAUUUUACAAUAAAAAUCAACAAAAUAAUUGAAUUUUAUAUACCAAUUUAAUUGCCUUAACUUUUUUUACAAAUAUUUUAUAAAUUAAAAGUUGCGAGAACCGUUUAGCCGAAGUUUUCAUCGAUAGAAAAUACCUUCAAAAACAGAAGAGUUUUUUUCUGUUCAUAUAUUCCUCUUCUGCAGCUACUACUACAGUUUUUUUGACACGGAUAGAUGAGGAAAACCGGAGGCUGACAUUAGAUCAAACGCUCUGUAGCUUUAAAAAAUAAGUUGAAAGGCCAAAUCAAAGACAAUUUUAUAGUGGUUCAUCGUAAGUCCUACGCAAGUGUCGGCCAUUAUUAAUAACUGAACAAUAGAUGAAGUGUGAAAACUCAACAAGCAACACUAAACCCCAUUUAAUGAACUUAAUGAUAAAAUUUUGUUAAUUUUUCUGGAUUUAAACAAAACGCGUGUUGUUUUGCUGACCAGUUGACUGAUUUUGACUGCCUUAUUAAGAGUGUAUGUGAGUGUCUAUUUGAUUGUAUUUAAUUUGUCCACUAUUAGGUCACAAUAAUGGUGCGUCGACGAACGCGCGCUACUGUUGCUCCCAAAGCCUCCUCUGUUAAUGGAGUAUUGGAGAACGGCUCGGCAGUUGCAUUGACAAAUGCCCAGCUACUUGAAGAUCAGUAUUUUGCCAGUCCCAAGAGAAAAGACUGCAAAAUCGAAGAGAAUUCAUCCAGUAAUGAUGGAUUUGUCAGUGGUGCUAGCGAAGAUGAUGCCGCUGUAAAGCCGAAAAUAAAAUCACCAAGUCCUAGUAAAAUGAAAGGAGAACGUGGCGCCAUAAAUGGCAAAACUAUUGGAGUUCCAUUGGCAACACGUUCGCAAACUCGCACCAUAGAAAACUUUUUCAAAGCUAAUGUAGCUGCCAAGCAACAGAAUAAAUCAAACAACUAUUCACAAGAACCUCAAAAGAUUAUACAACCCACAUUGUCUGCCUCUGUAACACCGCCCCAAAUGGUUAAUUACAACGCGAUCAUCACACCACAACAACAACAUGAAAAUGGACAUGAUAAUCAUAACGAUCAGGCUGAACAACAAGAGCAAUUUUACCAUCAACAAGAACAAUUGUACCAACAACAGCAGCGGCUGAUUCAACUUCAACAAUUGCAAACCCAACUUCAUCUACAUCAGCCGGUUAUAAAUCGCCGCAGUUUGGACAAUGUUAUUGUUCCACAAGAAUUCAUCUUUGACCUCAGUGAAGACACCAACGACAGUGAGCGCACCGAUAUAUCCGAAGAAACACCAGUUGAACAAAUCCAAGAGACUGUAUUGAUGACAAAUGGUUUUGAUUUUAGCAAUCAUCGUUCGUCGCAACGGGCCGACAGCCACUCGUCUUCCCACAGCAGUUCAAAUACAAGUGCCACCGAAAAUAUAUUCUUACAGGAACCGGUUCUAACACUGAAUGUCGACAAAUCUCCUAAUCAGGCAUCCUCUAUAAAGAUUAAUAAAACUCUGGAAGUCGAACCGAAAUUCUCUUCUCCCACUUCAUUGACUGCAUCUGUUUUGCACGGACGUUUCAAUCAAAUUGUUUCCCUAAACGUUUCACCAUCUAAGAGAGAUUCGUUUGGCUAUGAAAAGAAACCAAUUGAAAUGUUGAAUGGUCACGAUUAUGCUUUAAUGAUGAUGCCUGAAAAUGACAAUAGUUCCUGUGAUAGUGGUGUGGCAUUUACAAGUACUACAGCUGCCUCAUUGGAUGACUCUGUACAAGCUUUCCCAUCUCCGGGUGUAGCACAAGCAAGUCGUAGGCGUAAACCGGCCACUCCACAUCGUAUUGUUUGUUGUUCACCAAUUAAAGCUCCUCCGCGAGUGGUUUCACCAGCCGGUUCUCCUUCUACAAGAAAAAUGGCUUCUGCUCUUUCGCCUCGCAAGUCUCAAAGACAUUUAACUACCACAACUGUGGCCGCUGCUACGGGGGGUGGUGGUGUCAUAAGUUCUGCUGCCGCUUGCAAAACACGACGAAGACUGAAUCCAAGUCCUUCUCUUGCUACAAAAGAACACCAACUUCAACUUCAGCAGCAACAGCAGCCACAGUCCAAUUUGGAGGAGAAGCGUUACGUUCACGAUCACGAUAAUGAUGAGGACGAUCCUGUCGUAGUUUUGAUCAAUGAUGACGAGGAGGAGGACGAGGACAAUGAUGAACACGAUCAGGAAUGUGAAAAUAUGGCAACACACAUUUCAGCGCCCGACAGCAAAUCCACGCAACACAUGAUGAAUGGCGUUUCAAAGUCAAUUUUAAAUUCAGCUAAACACCCAACAAAUCAACAAAACGCCACCAACAAUCGAGGAGGAAAACAAAAAAGCCAACAAAGCAAAACAAAAUACACUGUCCAGAGGCCUCAACAUGCGCCACUCAAACACCAGGCUCCCCAACCACUAGCCGCUACGAACGGCAAUCGCGAAAUCAACGAUUUCUUCCCGGUGCGUAGAAGUGUUCGCAAGACGAAGACAGCCGUUAAAGAAGAAAUGAUGCGUAAUUUGGAACAGGCCAUACUAGAGGAACGGUCCGAGGGCUUAAAGGUGGCAAACUUUGAAGGCAAGGGACGUGGUAUUAUAUCCGAACGACGCUUUCAACGAGGUGAAUUUGUUAUUGAGUAUGUGGGCGAUUUGAUAUCGACCACAGAGGCUGCCGAACGUGAGAAACGUUACGCUUUAGAUGAAAAUGCCGGCUGUUACAUGUACUAUUUUAAACAUAAGAAUCAGCAGUAUUGCAUAGAUGCCACCGAGGACACUGGUAAACUGGGUCGCUUAGUUAAUCAUUCACGCAACGGUAACUUGAUGACCAAAGUUGUGGUGGUUAAACAAAAACCUCAUUUAGUUUUAAUAGCCAAAGAUGACAUUGAGGCCGGCGAAGAACUCUGCUAUGAUUAUGGCGAUCGCUCCAAGGAAUCGCUCUUACAUCAUCCUUGGUUGGCUUUUUAGAAUUAGAUGAUUAUUGUUAACAGUUUUUGUACGCUUAGGAAAGAAAACAAUAAACACCCUGCCUGACACCUCUCUUUCAUCCACUCCUACACACAUUCGUUCAUUCACACACCCAAACACACGCUCAUUUACUAAAAAAGUUCUAAGAACUUGAAAAUCAAACAAAAAAUAAGAAAAGCCUCUUCAAUCACAACGCAUUCAUUCAUUAUUAUCUUAUUCUAAUACACCACUUAAUACAGACUUUUGCUUUUAAGUUUAAUCUAUCUGAAUAUAAACAAAAUUAAUUAUUUAAGUUUUAAGAAUUCAAAGAAUUGCAUAUUUGGGAGUUGAGUCUCCAGCCCCAGUAAAUGUGUGGUUCUGUUUUAUUUAACUAUUCAAAACACUGCAAAAGAUAGAGAACAUACAUUUUUAGAGCUUAAGAAAGAAAAACUUCAAUUCAAAUUCCAUGAGCACGUAUAGUCAUACAUGAAUCUCUUGAUUAGUGCAAUUAUUACAAAACACAUCUUAACAUUGAUUCCUAAAUUGUGUGUUCAAAAUAGAAUUUUGGGAUAUUUCGAGAUUCGCUCAAAACCAUACUUACAUACUUGCUUCUCACUAUCUCAACCACAAAAUACAAAAUUAACAUCAAUCAAUUUGAAUUCAAUAUCAAAAUUCAUACAAACGACUGACACAAACAGUCCACUCUUCAUGUCAAAAGACCUGAAAGAAACAAUUUCUAGGACUAUCUAGUAGAAUUGAAUAAAAAUGAUUUAAUUAAUGAUAAAACAAAUGAAUGAUGGUUCUCUUAAUAGAUGCCUACGCCUAAAAUAAAACAAAUUUAUAUUAAAAACAAAAACAAAGAUGAAUUGAAAAGGAAACAACAACAUUUUAUUAAAAAUUAGUUUCAUUAAGGAAAAGAGAUAAAACAAACACAUGUAGUUUUUAGCAACCAGAAAUGAAGUAAAAUCUAUUAUGAUAUGAUAUAAUUAAUAAUACAUAAUAAUAUACAUAAAUUAAUAAUAAUAAUAAUAAUAAUAAUUUUAUGUUUAUAUAGAAAAUAUAUUUAAUUGUUAAUGACAUUUUUCGAAUUAGAUGUAAGCUAAAGUAAUUAUAAAAAAGCACUAUUUGAUUUCCUAAAUUCGUUCAGAAGCUAAAUUGUUUAAAUUAUUAUUUCCAUUCGACAUAAACAAACAGUCCCCUACCCAACCGCUUCAAAAAAGAAAAAAAAACAAAAACAAUUAAUCCUCCCUGUUAUAAUUCGGUCUGGCACCUUUUUAUACAUGAGUUAGUAAACGAUAAUAUCCUAAUGACAUUUAUUUCACAUACAUAUACUAUUUUUUUUUUUUAAUUAAUAAUUUUUUAUCUUCAACUGCUAAAACUCUAUAGGUAUAAGGGAUUCUUGCUUUCUUCUCUUUAUGAACAAUUUUAACUUUAUUUAAACUAUGGGUGCGUUCGCAAAUACAAUAACUAACAUUGCAUCACUGCGGCACAUAUUUGCCAUCAUUUCUUUAUGUCAAACGUUUUUUAAUUGCUGGCAGUAAUGCCGCAUCAUUUAGUUUACUGUUGCAAAUCUUUGCAGGUUAUUGCAUUAGUGAUGCAAAAAUUUACUGCAUCUACGAAAGCACCCAAUAUCUACAUACAUAAUUACAAACAAAUAUAAAAUACUUAUAUUAAUAACAUUUAAUUUACAACAGUGUAUUUCGUUUUAUUUAUUUAAGUAGUUAGAAAUUUUAUUGUUUAUUUUUUACUUACCAUUUUUUGUUUUAAUACAUACACCUACAUACAAUAUUAUCACAUACACACACUACACUCUUUUAUUAAUUAAAUAAUUCAAGUUAAAUUUUAAGUUAUUUUUUUUCACAAUCGAAUACAGUUAUAGUGAAUGCUAUUCACGAUUUCCAUAUUUGGUUUACCGUUUAAAACAAACCAAAUAUGUCGGUCCACUGAUCGAUUGCAAAACAAAUCAAUGGUUUUUAUUAUUAUUAUUUUUAUAUUUGUUUAAUUUGUUCUUAAUUUUAAAUAAAACACAACAAUUACAUGCACACAGACACUGUCCAUUAUCCAUUAGUUGGUGUCGAUAUUAUCCGUUUUUCUCUAGACACAGCUUUUGUCAUUUAGAUAAUAAACAUUUUCUUUUUUCCCGCGUACUUUAAGUUUUAAUUUUUUUUCUGCUAAUUAUAAGCACAAAAGAAAAAUAAAUUAUUAUCUUAAUACAUACAUAAUAAUAAUAAAAUAAAUACUGGAACAAAUUCAAUAUAUUUAAUAAUAAAGAUUACACAAAUAAUACA